UUUGUUGCAGCUGUGUGGACGCGACGAAACAAAACGCCGUCAGUCAAACAACCAGCGCAGGCCUACGGGCGGUAAUGGGAAAGAGAAAUCGGCUCACUGGAGGAACAGUCGGGCGUAGAACAAUACUGCAGCUUUCACCUGGACUCCGCAGCGGAUUCGCUGGUGCAAGGGAAGAAGCAGGUUCAGGAUCCGAAGAUGAGCAGGAGGGUGACGGGCUCAGAUUUUUGAAAGAAAGAGACACAACUAUGAGAAGACCCGCAGUGAAGGCCACAGAGGGAUUGUCCCUCCUUGGGGCCUAUGAAGACAGCGACGAAGAGGACUCAGGAGACUCUAAGCAUCCACCAGUGAAGUCUCAACACAACCAGUCAGCAGAUAUUGACAGCACGUUGGCUAACUUCAUGGCUGAAAUUGAUGCAAUUACCACUCAGCCAACUUCAGAUGAGCCUGCAUGUCAACCUUCAUUACCAACUUCCACCCCUCCAAGACCGGAACCCAGUGGCCAACAACCCUCAACUGAGGAACAGGCUCAACAAACCGCUGGGACUGAGUUCCAGUAUAACACACAGUACUCAUUAGCUGGAGCUGGAGUAGAGAUGGGAGACUGGCAAGAGGUAUGGGAUGACAACUCUGGCUGCUACUACUACUGGAACACACUGACCAAUGAGGUAUCCUGGGAGCUACCUCAUUACCUGGCUGACCAGAUGCAAGACCUCCAGCAAUAUUCCAACAGUGCUGCUGUCAAUGGCAAGGAUACAGCACAGGCAGGUUGUCUUGUUGACCCAAUUGUUGCAUCUGCCACUGCCGCAGCCUCAAAGAAGGAAACAAAAGUGAAAGAUGUGAUUGAGAGUGUUGUAGCUCUCACAAGCGAAGAGGAGGAGCGUGAAGGAGUGGCUGCCUCCCUUCUCGGUCCCCUUAUCCCUACUGAAGUGAAGGAGGCAGAGGAGAAGUGGCGGAAAAGGUUGCUAGGAGGUUUGGAGGAGAGGGAGGACAGUCUGGACUCUGACGGAGAGGGCAGUCGCCCUCCAGGAUCCCCAUCAACACCUCUGUGUGAUCCAGACCCUCUCCAUAUUGCCCACAAAGACCUGGUCAUUAAGAAUCAGUCAGAAGAAAACUCUGAUGCUGAGGAGGAGACGGAGGAAGACACUGUGGAACUUGAACUGGCUCUAGAGAGGAAAAAGGCUGAGCUGGCGGCAUUGGAGGAGGGUGAUGGGAGUGAAGCUGGCUCCAGUCCUUGUUCUGAGACGAGCCAGGAAGCCUCUGGUCCUUGUGGCCCUGUCCCAAAGAAAGCCCGAUGGAAUACUGCCUUCCUCCCUGCAGCAAGCCCAAAUUCAAAUAGUCAAGAAUCAAACGCACAGGAGAACACAGACACGGCAGAUUCUAAAGUACCAGAGAAAGCUGAGGAAGUGGACAACAAAGAAAUAGACAAAAGUGAGGAGACAACUCUUUCCAAAACUCCUCUGAAAGAGGAGGUGGAAACGCCUGAGCUCAAGUUUCAGAUUGGAGAACUAGCUAACACCCUAACCAGCAAGAUGGAGUUUCUGGGGAUAAACAAAAAGGCAAUCUCAAACUUUCAGCUGCUUCUACUACAAACAGAGACACGGAUCGCCGAUUGGAGGGAGGGUGCACUGAAUGGGGUCUAUCUCCGACGCAAGUUGCAGGAAGCUGCCGAACACAUAAAACAUUACGAACUUAACGCCACCCCUAAAGGCUGGUCCUGCCACUGGGACAGAGAGCACAGGCGCUAUUUCUAUGUGAACGACCAGACCAGUGCCUCCCAGUGGGAUUUCCCAGUAGAGAAGGGCGAAGAGGUGAAGGGCCACCAGGCCACCCAGACACAGAUGUCUAGCCAAGUAGAUGCCAAAACGUCAACCAUGUCCAAUACUGGGAUCACAGAAUCUUUUAGUAAUGCAUCUUUGUCAUCAGAAACCCCUCAGCAACCUGGAGUAUCCUCAUUCUGGACCACACCUCAGCCGCCUCCACCACCUGAAAAUCCUCCGCCACCUUCAGAGUGCCCCCCACCACCACCUCCUCCACCAGGCUCACCACCUCCACCUCCUCCCCCUCCUGACAGUGAUGGCGAGAUCAUGGAGGUGGAAAUGGAGAUGGAUGAUGAUGAUGGGGAACCUCCAGCCCCUGGAACAGAAGAAGAUGGUAGUGGAAGGUCCCUUAUACCUUCGGGUAGUGUUGCCACUAAGGUUAUGGAGUCCUCAGUCCCCAUAGGGAAAGGUCUAAAACGCAAAGCUGGUCAGGUGACCAAAGCUAUAACAAUUGGCAGUAGCCCAAUUCUGUAUACCCAACCUGCUGCCAGUGCAGCUCCUGUAAUUACAGCAGAUUCCUAUUGGGGUGUGGCAGCGGUCAAUACACCUUUCCUCCCUCCUGAACCCCCUGCUCCACCUAUCCCACCUGUCCCUACUCAGCCUCCAUUGCCCCCAUCUCAACCGCCUUAUGAUUCCUUAGGAGGAAAAAGUCUGCCUCCUGACAAGACCAAAAAACAGAAGAAGGAUAAGUCUAAGAAGAGUAAGACGAAAAUGCCAUCUCUGGUAAAGAAGUGGCAGAGCAUCCAGAAAGAACUGGAUGAGGAGGAGAAGAGCAGCUCUAGUGAUGAAGACAGGGAUCAGCUCAACAAGAGGACCAUUGAGGAAUGGAAACAGCAACAGCUAAUCACAGGUAAAGCUGGAAAGAAUGCUAACUUUGAGGCCCUCCCUGAAGAUUGGCGGCAAAGACUGAAAAAGAGGAAAAUGAUGAAUAGUACAUAACACCACCCCUACAUGCAGCUCAAAACAAUGUUUCUCCUCCACUCCAACUUAAUACCAUACGUUCAUUAUUUUUUUACCCAGACUUGUCCCUGAUGAUGAUGAUGAAAAUGAUGGACAAUGAUCAGCAGUGACAUUUGUUUUGUUGUUCUUUCCCAGUUGUUUAUAUGCCAGGCGUUUGUGGCUCAACAGUGGGGGUUGAAUGUCAUUUUCUUGGUUUUUAUUUACUUUAAAGCCAGGCCUCCAACCACCUUUCAUUGCACACAAGCAUUUUAGACAUUGAAUGGAAUGCAGGACAUUAGUCCACUGUGUUGAUCAUCUGUGUAUUUUCCUUUAUUCAUAUGCAUAUUGAUAGUUUUGGAACUAUGAGGUAGGAUGUCAUCAGUAUUGAAGUUCAGUCAUUUUUGAUAUAGCUAUGUACUCUGCAUGAACAGAAUCCACUCCAGAGUUCUGUUCAUUGCAUAGGUCAGAGGCAAGAAUGGUUUUAUGCAAAAGAUUUUUUUCACGUGCGUUUCAAAGAGGAUUCUUGUAACAAGAAGGUUGCAAGGUAUCUUGCUGCCCAAAUUAGAUGCUUGUGUACUAGUGUCCAUUUCUCUAAAUUGCUUGAGUCACCAAUAUAAAUGUGCCAAAUGCCCCUGGGUUUAUCAUAAAUAUUUGAUAACUUUAUUUUGUAGAUUCGGAUUUGGGAAGGGAAUGUAACUUGUAUAUAUUUUGUAAAGUUAUUAAAACUUUUUCUG